CUGAAAUUGACUGGUGGCACCUUCAAGUUGCAAGCGGGAGAUCUCCGUUUCUGGACAGAAGAGCACGGUUUUGCAGUGAGUGUCCAUAAACAUUGAGGCCCGCUUCUCGAUGCAUUCUCCCAAAGUUGACGAGGAUCCUCGAAUAUGUUACAAAAAGGCCCAGAUCAUUGACAUUUUGAGAUGUUUCUCCGUGCUUUCCUCUACAUAAUGGCCGCGUUUUCAGAUGAAGUUGUGCCCUGCAGCUGGAGAAAUAAUGCCAAUUCCCAAAACCUGUCGGGCUCAUCAAAACCUCGACAUGAACCCGAUCUUGAGCCCAGAUUUCAGCAGACCUGAUGUCUCUGCUGCGCGAGCUUUCGACUGAUUUCGUCUGAACCACUGGUCAGAUAUCUGAUCAGAUGUAAAUGCAUGAGAAUUCGGUCAUCGGGAGGGCGGAAAAGCCUAAAGAGUAAGGCGAUAAAUAUCGGAACACUGCAGGCUGUGGCAGAUAUCAUGUGCAAGUUUCGUGGAGAUGAGAUCCAACUAUGCAUUUACACAAUCGACAGGCUUUGCGGCAUCCGUUCAGGGCGACACAGUCAUGAUGAGAAUACAAGGGCCGCGUAGGAGUCUUGCAAGCACUGCAAAGGAAAGGCGACGAGAAACAGGACAGCCCUGAUCAGAUGGUG